AUGCCCUGCAGUGAGACAGAUGUGGUGCGUGUCCAGGAUCCGGAUUCACGCCUCGCCAGAUGUGCCUCAUCCCGGCCUGGUGCUGACCACCCCCUCGGUCAGAUUCAGGCCGAUGCUCUCUUCCAAUCGCAGAAAAGAAAGCUAUCGGGACCGGACAGCACAGGCACCCAGGUCGUGUUAAACGGCUGGGCAGCCAGCACCAGAUUCACUCCCCCUCCCAAAAGUAUUAUCAUCUCCUCUGAGCAGUUGAACAAUUGA